CAGCUGAGCCCUGGCUUGAAGAGCAAAUGAAUGUCAGUUAUUUUUUCUUGAUGGUGUCCCUUUCAAAAAUGCCUUAGGGUCCCAGGGAUUUUUUUUCUUGGAAGGUCAAGUAUUUAUUGCAGGUAUGUGCCUUCAGGUAAACCCACCUGUUACAAAUGGUUUAGGAGUCACAUUAAAGCAGUAUCUUCUGCCUUAGAGCAAGAACUUUGCAGAAAAGACAAUGAAAUAAACAAGGCCAAGCCGAAACUAUAAACCCAGCGAAAUGAUUUAAAUCAAGGGCAGAAUUCUGUCAUUAACUCAUUAGUGGUUGAGUUCUUUUUCUAGAAAUGAAAAUCUUUUCCUUUCAAACUGUCCAUCAUUAAACUUACCUAGCUAUUUUAACAAAACAAAAACUAGCUCUAAUCCUGAUCUUUUAAAUAAACAUUUAUAAGCUGACAUUUUGUUUAAAAAGUACCCAGCGAGAAGUUAACUCAUUUUACUCUGCAAACAAAGGAUCUGGUAAACAGAAUUCCCGCACCGGGAAAACAAGAUUUAGUAGUCUAAAGUAGUGAUUUUAAUUAACAGAAUUCCUAAUGCAAAGAUUUUUCCGCGUGAUCUUUAUCUUGCUAAUCUGCCAAAACAAUUCAUUUAAAUGGCAACAACUGAGUUAAACGGGCUUUUAAUUGAUCUGCGCACUGAAAAACCAAUUAGGACUCCAGAAAUUGCAGAGCACGAUAAAAGCAAUAUAUGUAUAUAUAUAUAUAUAUAAAAUGAUUAAUGGAAAGGGUAGGAAAACGGGUCCUGGAAAGAGAUUUGCUGUGCUUUUUGCCUAGAGGGUCACUCCUAGAUCUUGGCUUAGAAAUUGUUUUUUAAUCAUCUCCCUCAGAAAUGGAGGCACAGAAAGCCAGGCCAAUCCCCUCGCCUUCUCCCCGCGUGAGCUCUGCGCAUCAGUUGUCCCUGGUUUCUGUUCACACCCCGACCUCAUAACAAGGAAAAGCUGGGUUUUCGACCAUCUGAAGCCAAGCGGAGGUUUGAGACAGUGGUGACAAUAAGCCCUUUGCUAACAAUGAAUCCGAGAGGAGGAAGAUGGCUCAGGCCGGGCACCUCCGCCAGGUGAGGGCUCGCCACCCGGGCACCGGUGCCAGCCCACGCUGCAGGGGCGGACAACGCCCACGGUGCCCAGCGCCCACGCGGCCCGGCCGACCCCCUCCGCCCCCAGCCCGGAGGCCGCGCGAUGCCCGCCGCGCCGCGAGCCUGGCGGGGGGGACCCCGACACCCGCAUGGCGCCCCCGCCCCCUUUUUCCCUUUGUUGCACAUCCGCCCGAACCGCUGGGCACGCUGCGGCGACCCCCAGAUCCUGCCGGGGGUCUGCGGGGGUUCCCCACGAUACAGUCAGGCCGCAUCCACGCGGGCACCGCAGCCUCCGCGUAAACCUGGUGAAACUGGGAAUCCGGACCCUCUCUUCUCGCCCCCGGACCUACGUGGCCACCACCGCCCGGGACCGCAGGCACUGGGAGCCGA